GAGUCUAGAACGGGGCGGGGCGGGGCAGGGCGGGUCGAAAGUAGAUAUCCAUGCCCCGCCCCACACUACUGCGGGUCGGGUAAUACCCGCCCCAUCGCGGGUCAGGUCGGGUAAUACCAGCGGGGCGGGUUGAAAUUGCCAUCACUAGUGGUAGGUGUAUAUUAACAAACUGAAUGAUAAGAUUGUAAAUGGCUUUCGCUCUAAGUUAUUUAAUUAUUCGAGUAAAACAUAAGGUUAAUUGAGAUAAGAAUGCUCAAUACAACGAUUUGGAGCAAAAUCCCAAGCAUAAAUUCUUCGACAAAACAAAUUGCGUUAACUAGCAAUUAGAUGUCAAAUUUUUCGACAGAACAAAUUGACAAAUAAUGCCACAGGAAACGACGCCGUUGAGGCGCUGGAGCGAGCCCGAAAGAUCAUUAUCCAUUCAUCAGUCAUCGCACUAUCUGCCACACUCUGUCAGAGCUCAUUUCAUUUCACUCUCGAUUCGAUCCAUCUAUCGUCAAAGCAAUGCUCCUCUCACUCGUCCAAUCCCUCUGCUCUUCAUCAUCAUCGUCAUCGACUUUCCAAUGCAAAACCCACGCUUCCAUCUUCCAAACACUCGCGAAUCCCACUUCUUCUUCGUCUCCCCUGCUUCAGAAAUCGCUGUUUCCCGGUUUCGAUCCCGACCAUGCCCUGAAGAAAUUGCUCCAUGUCAGCAGCCGAUCAUCAUCCACAAGAGCCCGGAGCUUCACAGCAGCCAAUGCUUUUAUCCAAGCGUCUCUGCUCGAGUCCCCUGUUCUGUGGGCUGGCAGGGUUUGCGUAUUCUAUGCGCUCUUGAAGAUCGGUUUAGCUGGAUCCAAGGCUAACCCACUUGUCUCGGAGUUAGAUGGUGUGGAGGAGAGCGGCGGCGGCGGGACCGGAGCUGGUAUUGCUGGAGCUGGUGAUUUGGGGUUCUCAAAGUGGAUUGAGUCAAUUCAAGGCAACCCAGAUAAAGAAGCAUCUGACAAAAGGAAGCUAGUGAGCAAAUGGCAUCCAACCACCAAAGGCACACUCAGGAGGAACUACAGGGUGCCUUCAAAAUCUGAAGGAAGGCGUCUCCUAAAAUCUGUUGCAGCUUUAUUAUCCGAGGAUGAUCACUUCACAGACGCCACUUCCCACAAGGGAUGCCAGAUUAGGAGGGAGAGUGCACAUGGUGAGAGUGUGUGCUGUAACAACGUAAGGGCUCUCUUCGACGAACUGCCAACCCCUCACCUGAUUGUAGAGAUCACUCCUUUCCCCGCUGGGUCUUUGACUGAGAAGGACUAUCUGAAGGCUGAGAAGCUCGAAAGGGUGCUUAGAUCGGGGCCUUCUAUCUGAAAACGCCUCAAAGUUUUCUGAAUGUAGCCAAACUUUCUCCCUGUGUACAUGAAAACAACAUUUACUUUGCCAUGCUGAUCUUUUCUACUGAUGACUUGACUGUACUCCACAGGAGCUGAGGUGGAUCUUGUUAGUUGAGCUUAAGCAGUCCAGGGAACUUAAUAGAUUGAUGUGAAUACU